AUGAUUGAAUUAACCGCUGGCCGACGUACCGGUCUUCAUAGAUACACAUUUCCUCCUUCUGAUCAUGCUCAUGUCAUCAUUGACUUGACUCAUAUUCUAACUCAAGGUUGGGGGUCUGUGUUUGGUGUUUCUUUGAAUAUAUCAUACUAUUACCGUAUUCUCUAUGUUUAUUUAUAUUCUUCUGAUAAUUUUAUUAGUUCCCGUUGGAUAAAUGGUGCGAUAUAUUCUGUUUCUCAUAACCAAGUUAAAGGUAUAGGUCAAUAUACUGGCGGUUGGAACAACGGUGGUCCCUAUAAAGUCUAUUUCUGCUCUCAAUUCGACACAAAUGCUACUGGAUUUGCAACGUUCUGGGAUGGUUCCAUUACUAAUGGUUCGACACAUCAAGUUGGUGGUAAUGAUUUCUCGUUAGUCGGUAUAUCUUUUAUUUCUGCUGAUCAAGCUUGCAAAAGUGCUGAAACGGAAGCACCAGAUUUUGAUUUUGAUGCUACACAACAAAGUGUGGUGGAUGCAUGGGAAAGAGAAUUAUCUAGAAUUAGAGUUGAUGGUGGAUCAACCGAGUUGCAAAAAAUCUUUUACUCUACUGUUGAUAUAGUUCGAUCUCUUAUUGAUAUAUAUGAACAUGUUGGAUAUAUGCCUGAUGGACGAAGUGGAAUGUAUAAUGGUAUAACACAGGGUGGUUCAAAUGCCGACAUGUUGGUGGCAGAAUUAUAUCUGAAAAAAUUAGGGAUGCAUACUAUUGAUUGGAAACUUGCAUACGAGGCGCUAUUGAAAGAUGCAGAAGUCGAUCCAUGGGAGCAAGGUCUUUAUGAAGGAAGGCUUUUUCUUACGAAUUAUAAAGAGCUUGGUUAUAUUCCUUCUCCUGUUCAUCGAAGGACUGCUUACGCUAUUAAUCCAUGCAGCAGAACUUUGGAAUAUUCGGCCAAUGAUUAUUCAAUUGCUCUUAUGGCUAAAGUUUUGUAUAAAAAUGGUGGUGAAACACCAUUUUAUGAGGGCACUUCUUGGGAAUAUAGCCUUGAUAUACCACAUGAUGUCAAAAGAUUAAUCUCAUUAUCAGGUGGUCCGGAUGCUUUCGAAAAACGUCUUGACGAAACCUUUUCAUCUGGUUACUUAUCUUCAUUUUACAAUAUCGGUGCCAUGGGAAGUUGGUUUGCCUUCCAUGCAAUGGGAAUAUUUCCACUCGCUGGCCAAGAUGUUUAUCUCAUCAAUUCUCCACAUUUCGAACAAACAACAAUUGUUUUAUCAAUAUUUCCUAUGAUAACAUUUACUAUAAAAGCAAAUAAUUUAUCAAAUGAUAAUAUAUAUGUACAAUCUGCAAAAAUUAAUGGUAUAGAGUGGCAUAAAACUUGGUUUAAACAUAGUGAUAUUGCUAAUGGUGCUAUUUUAGAAUUAGAAAUGGGCAACAAAGUUAGUCAAACUUGGGGUAUUAUUGAUGCAAAUGGAAGUCCUGUGCCAUAUCCACCUAGUUUAAGUGAUGAUAUAGAAUAA